UUUCAUCAACUCAGUCGCUCAGAAAGUUAUCGGUAUCGCAGUCACCAAACGGAAACGCGCGUUCAUUGGGAAUAUCAAAGCUGGACAAGUUGUCAAGGAAUAGACCUUUCUGUUAUCUGAGCUGCUGUUGGGGCAUUUGUGACCUUGACAACCGAAUCUGGAGUGUGUUUGCGCUGGAACGCCAUCAACCGCUGUGUCAUUUGUGGCAGCUAAAUUGAAGGAGCACUCUAAUCGUCUCCCACACGCCUUGCCCCUCACCACAAGCGCGGGACGCCCUGCUCAUUCCACUGUCUGUCUUCCUGCCCACAAACAUCCCAUCAUAAACAAUGACCUGAAGCCAAAUGGCAUCUGCUGCAUGAAGGAUGUUGAUUGCAUUGGCAAAACAUUGCUCUUUUGGGUUAUGCUGUGCUUCGUAAUGGAGCAAAUAUCAUGCAAUAGCUCACAUCGCUGGGAUUCACUUCAUAUGCGAAGAAGCUAAUGUAAAAUAAACAAAAAUGGACCACAAGUAUGGCCUCCUAAGCUGUCCUUAUGAAAAGCUGGAGUACUGCAGAAAUAAGCAAACGAGAGACAGGUGGACGGGUGUAUUGACUUCUAUAGAGAAUAAUAGAGCACAGAAUCAAGUAUGGGGUUUGUGGACACUCGCGUCUGUGCGGAAAAUCAAAAUCUUUAGCUUCCUUUUUGGACUCAUGGUUACUGUUCUUAUCAUGGCAUCCUACAUCUUGACGAGGGACCAGAAAGGGCUCUUUUUAACACCGUCACCGUAUCACUUUACUGUAGUUUCUCAUCAGGUACAGCUCAAUCUGUCCUCCACUACAAACUAUGCUGUUGUGAGGGAAGUGGUGAAGAGCAUUGUGACCAAAGUGGAUUUCAGCCGUAGACGAGUGCCUGACAUGGGAGAAGUGAGAGAGAAAGAGCCAAAUAUAUUCUCUGCAAUUCCUCGCAAAUUUCUUCCCUAUCUCAAGAAUCCUUGCUGGUAUGAAGAAUUCUUUGGGAAUCUCACAGCUGAUCCAUAUGGAAAAAACCUGUAUGCUCUUUAUUCCAAGCGCUUCCAAGCAAUAUAUGACCACCUGCGCAGAGCAUUCCCAGCUCAUCUGCAUCAACAUGCAGGUAGACAGUAUCGACUGCGCUGUCUGCCCUUCUUCUAUAUCAUCGGUCAACCCAAGUGUGGCACCACAGACCUCUACGACCGGUUACGAUUGCAUCCAGAGGUCCAUUUCACCACUAUGAAGGAACCACACUGGUGGACACGGAAGAGGUUUGGUAUCAUCAGGUUGAGCAAUGGUUUUAAUAGCCCCUAUCCACUAAAGGACUACCUGGACCUGUUUGACCAAGCAGCCAAUCACAUUCAAGAUCAGCUGAUCAGCAAUUCCUCCAAAAGGCACAAACAAGUUGACAUCAUAAUUGGUGAAGCCAGCGCAUCCACAAUGUGGGACAACAACGCUUGGGUUUAUUUCUACGACAAUGGCACAGAGGUUGAGCCUCCUUUUCUGGUGCAAGAUUUUAUUCAUGCUGUCCAACCAGAUGCCAAAUUCAUCGUAAUGCUCCGAGACCCAGUCGAGAGGCUUUACUCGGACUAUCUGUACUUUGGCAUGGCUAAUAAAUCGGUGGAGGAUUUUCACGAGCGAGUAUCAGAGUCCUUGCACAUGUUUGAGGGCUGUUUGGCCGAGAGGUCUAUCCGUUCCUGCAUUUAUAACACCACUCUCAACAACCUGAUGCCUGUAAGGCUUCAGGUGGGACUGUAUGUCAUGUACUUGCUGGAUUGGCUGAGUGUGUUCAGCAGAGAGCAGAUACUCAUCCUACGACUGGAAGAUCACGCUGCCAACCGGAAAAUCACUAUGCGGAGAGUCUUUGAAUUUCUGCAGUUGGGACCACUAACUCUGCAGAAGGAGGCAGACAUCACGAAAAGCCCCGCCUCCAACACCAGACGACCAGCUAAUCGAAAUCUUGGCCCAAUGCUACCCAUAACCAAGGAGAUCCUGCAGAGCUUUUACAAGCCUUUUAACCAGCGUCUGGCCCAGGUGUUAAAGGACCCUGCUUUUCUGUGGACGUAGCCCUGGGGAAGAAGGAAUGAACAGACAUUAUUGUAAUAGAUAAAAGUGACACGAAUUAAACUCUUAGAUUUGCAAGGCCGAUGCUUGGUGGCUGGUAUCACCUUGGGCCAGGUUUUAAAUUAAAGGAAGCUAUUUCUAUAUAGUAAUACCACUGACUUUAUUUUUGCUUUCCCCUUUGGUUAUUUAGUGCUGGACACUUUCAUUAUUGCACUUUGAUACUGUGAGAGUAUUGGUUACAGUAACCACUGAUAGACACUUUAUUUAAUGUAUUGGUUUGAAUGAGCUGGAGCGUGUUUAAACAAAAAGGAAAGCAGAAACAGAAAUGGCAGUAGUCAACAUAGAAAUACUUGGAAAAAAAACAACAAAUAAGAAAACGUGUUUGUAAGAUUAUAAGUCUGUCAGACAUGGAACUCUGUUCAAUAUAUAUAUAUAUAUAUAUAUAUAUAUAUAUAUAUAUAUAUAUAUAUAUAUAUAUAUAUAUAUAAAGGAAUUGUGGACAUGGAGCACAAAACCCAUCUUGGACUUUGUACUGGGUGAAUAAAAUCUGUAAUAUAA